CCAUAAACGUACGUCAGCGCCGCCUCGUAACCUCAACGCGACAACCUUUGCCGCAGCGGCGCAUUCUGUUCUUUUGCGACUUUGCCUGUUCUCGAGUCCAAUUGCGUAUCAAGAGCCGAAACGAGAUACUUGGCCUUCGACUUGCGAUUCUGUUGCCCCGUCCCCCCGAACCCGGAUCCGAACUGCGAGACAUAUACGGCGUCUAUCGACAACAACAAGGAUAGGGUGUGAGAGAUAGAAGUCCAAGACUUGAGACGAAGACGAAGAAGGAAAAGGAAAUCAGAGAGGAGAGAAACUCUUUAUAAACCGCCGAGCCUCUCGAAUACAAACACAUCCGAUACACAGAGGAAUAGCCGCUGCAUCUCCCUCCACCAUGUCGUACUUCUUCUCAACCCCCGUCGACAUCGACAUCGUCCUCGACGAGCCCGACGACCGCACCAUGGUCGAUGUCAAGCUCGACAAGAACCGCCGCGAAAAGGCGCCCCUGUACAUGGACGGCGAGUCGGUCAAGGGCGCCGUCACCGUGCGGCCCAAGGACGGCAAACGCCUCGAGCACACGGGCAUCAAGGUCCAGUUCAUCGGCACGAUAGAAAUGUUCUUUGACCGCGGCAACCACUACGAGUUCCUCUCGCUGAACCAGGAGCUCGCCGCGCCGGGGGAGCUGCAGCACCCGCAGACGUUCGACUUCAACUUCAAAAACGUCGAGAAGCAGUACGAGUCGUACAACGGCAUCAACGUCAAGCUGCGCUACUUUGUCCGCGUCACCGUCUCGCGCCGCAUGGCCGACGUGAUCCGCGAAAAGGACAUUUGGGUCUACAGCUACCGCAUCCCCCCGGAGAUGAACAGCAGCAUCAAGAUGGACGUUGGCAUCGAGGACUGCCUGCACAUUGAGUUUGAGUACAGCAAGAGCAAGUACCAUCUCAAGGAUGUCAUUGUUGGGCGUAUCUACUUUUUACUGGUCCGGCUCAAGAUUAAGCACAUGGAACUAUCCAUCAUCAGGAGGGAAACAACUGGUGCGGCUCCGAACCAAUACAACGAGAGCGAGACCCUGGUGCGGUUUGAGAUUAUGGAUGGCUCUCCCUCAAGAGGAGAAACGAUUCCCAUCAGACUGUUCCUCGGAGGCUUUGACCUGACACCCACCUUUCGCGACGUGAACAAGAAAUUUUCCACACGAUACUACCUCAGUCUCGUCCUCAUUGACGAAGACGCCCGACGGUAUUUCAAGCAGUCAGAAAUCAUCCUCUACCGUCAAGCCCCCGACGCCCCCGCCGUCCAAGGCGCAGCCCUCCAAAGCCUACCUCCUGCCCCUGAAAACAGAGUUGCCCCUGCUGCAGUUCAGGCAUGAAGAUGAAAAUUAAAAGAAAACAAAAGGUGCUCAUUGCUUUAUACUCUCCUAAAAGCAGAUAUAUACGAGCCUCUCUUCUCCUCUCUU